AUGCGGCGGGGAUCAGCGCCGGAGAACGGGGUGGCCGCCAUGUGUAAUUCGAAGAACAAGGUGCAGAGGUUGACAGGAGCAGCAGGCAUCGGACGUUCGAUAAAAAAGGUGACGGCGUCGGGCGGCGGAGAUCGGGGCCACAGUAGGAACCAGUGCGGCAGCCGGAGAAGUCAGGGAGACAUGAAGCGGAGGUUGACGGGGCAGCGGGCGUCGGAUGAAGAAUGUGACGGAGACAAGGUUGACGGCGUCGGGCGGUGGAGAUCGGGGAUGGAAGCUGGAACCAGUGCGGCGGCGGAUGAGUAA